AUGGGAUGGGCCGCGCGGUUCCUGACUGCGGUCUCAUUCCUCGCCUUGGGCGUCCUCUUCGCGCCGGACGCGCUCUUCGGCGGCGCCCCCGGCCGCCCAGCCGCCGGCGUCGCGGCGGCGAGGCUGGCCCAUGUACUCUGCUUCGCCACCGCAUGGGGGGCCGCGCUCUGGGUCACCUUCAUCGGCGGCAUCGUCAUGUUCAAGCAUUUGCCAAGGCACCAGUUCGGGAGUCUGCAGGGGAAGAUGUUCCCAGCAUACUUCAUGUUGAUAUCGGUGUGUUCAGCUAUAUCGGUUGCAGCAUUUGCAUACCUCAACCCAUGGAAGACAGCAUCAACUGUUGAGCGUUACCAGCUUGGUUUCCUUCUUGCUGCCCUCGGUUUUGACCUGUCCAACCUUCUGGUCUUCACCCCCAUGACUAUCGAGAUGAUGAUGAAGAGGCACAAGAUCGAGAAGGAUCUUGGCAUCGGUGGUGAGGUGGGACGGUCAAGGAAUGCCGAGUUGGCAAAGACAAACCCUGCACUCGCAGCGAUGAACAAGAAGUUCGGGAUGAUCCACGGGCUGUCGUCCCUGGCAAACAUCAUGGCAUUCGGCAGCCUGGCCAUGCACUCGUGGUACCUAGCGAGCAAGCUUGAGUUGUGA